AUGCUUAAUGCAAGUACUUUAAAAGUUGCAGUCCGCGUAAGGCCCUUCAAUCAGAGAGAAAAGGCAAUGAGAAGAAAAUGCAUCAUCUCUAUGAUUGGCAACAGUAUUACCAUUGUCAAUCCCAAAGAUCUCAGCAACAAAAGAACAUUUAACUUUGACUAUUGCUAUUGGUCAAUGGAUGGAUACAUUGAAGAUGACCAGGGUGUAUUCCUGCCUGAUGGGCCCCACAGCAGGUACAUCGAUCAGGAAAGAAUCUUUAAUGACCUUGGGAGAGCUGUGCUGGAGAAUGCCUGGCAGGGGUACAAUGCAACUCUCUUUUCCUAUGGACAGACCGGAUCAGGGAAGAGCCACUCCAUGACAGGAUUUGGAAGAAACAGAGGUCUUGUUCCCAUGAUUUGUGAAGAACUCUUCAAGCAGAUUAAGUUGCAUCAAAAGAAUGACAUAGAGUUUUAUGUUUAUUUUAGCAUGUUUGAGAUCUACAAUGAACAGGUUAAGGACCUCCUGUCAAAGGCUCGAAAUCCUAAUGGUCUGCGGAUCCGGGAAAGCAAAAAUGGAUUUUACGUUCAGAGCCUUAAGUCAAUACUUUGUAGCAGUUUUAGUCAACUCGAGGCUUUCCUGAAACAAGGAAUUCGGAACAGAAGUGUUGCUUCAACUAAUUGGAACACUAGUAGCAGCAGAUCCCACAUGGUUAUCAGAAUCUACUUUCAGCAGGUGUUCGCAGACCAGCAUAGUGUGAAGCAUUCGGAAAUUGACCUGGUGGAUUUGGCUGGCAGUGAAAGGCAGCAAAGUGCAGGAGUCACUUCUGACAGAUUCAAUGAAGCACGAGCAAUCAAUCUCAGUCUAACAACACUUGGAAAUGUUAUUAGUUCCUUAUCGGACAAGGCUGUGGGCAAGAGAGUUCAGUACAUCCCCUAUCGGAACUCGGUGCUUACCAGAAUACUCAGCUCAGCCCUGGGAGGGAACAGCAAGACGUUUAUGAUUGCAACAAUAAGCCCCACAGAUAUCUGUUAUGAUGAGACAAUGUCAACAUUACGGUUUGCAGAAAGAGCUAAGAGUAUCCAGAACACAGCAGUGAUUAAUGAACGCCUAGCCGAACAACCUUUCAUGGAUCUGAAAGCAGAUAAUGCUAGAUUGCAAGCAAGAAUUAUUGAUUUGGAGAAGGCUGGUGAUAGCCACAAUGAUGAGCGAGAGAUGCUUAAACAACGAAUUUUAGAAAAUGAACAACAAGUUAAAGAAAUACAGAAAUCAUGGCAACAGAAGCUAGAAGAGGCAAGGAAGGAAUGGGAACAGCAAUAUAGCAUUAUUACAAAGGAAGAGAUGAUGAUGGCAGCAUUUCCAUAUUUGUUGAACAUUAAUGAAGAUCCCCAAUUGUCCGGGGUGAUUCGACACUUUAUUCAUAAUGUAAUGUUGUCUAACCGGGCUUACAGUGACAGCUCCAGGAUUCUGGACAGGCAUGCAGUGAUAACGGUUUGUGAGCGCAAAGUGAUAAUUGAGCCUAUAAGCCAGGCUAGGGUUAGAGUCAAUGGAGGAAUCCUUUUCAAUAAACAUCAGCUGAAACAUCUGGACAGAAUUAUAAUUGGAUCCAGUUCUUUCUUCCUAUAUGUGGGUUUUCCACAUGAACAAAGUGAUAGAGAUAAAAUACAUAAAUACAAUUAUGAAUUUUUUACUUCUGAACUGGUGUCUACUGAAGGCUUCAGCCAGGUGAAAUUGGAUGGAAAACAAAAAGAAAAUAUGAAUCCUAACUUGACUCGUAUCUUCCAUGACUUUAUUGCUAUCAUGCCUAUGGUAGCCCAAGUGAACCAAAUAAGUGAAGAACUUAACAGGCCUGUUACCUUUGAACUUCAGGUGAAGAAUUUGACAUCAACAGAUGCAAAGGGUGAAGAGUUAGAAAAAGAAAUUACAAUAAAGGUGACGAACAAAAUAAACAAGCAGGUGGUCAUAUGGACACAGGACAAAUUCACUGAUCGAAAACUUCUAAUUGAAGACAUUUACCAGAAUUUUCUAGAAAAUGGAACAGUACACAACAAGAUGGAACAAGACCCAUUUUGGGAUCCUGUUGAGACCUUGCAUCUUGGAAGUGCCCAUGUGUGGUUGGAGACGUUGGCAUAUUGCAUAACCUAUGAAGACCAGGUGGAUGUCAAUAAUCAUCAUGGAAAAGAAGAAGCAGUUAUACAGGUCAGACUGCUUCCCUGCACACCAAGAGGAGAUCCACUGGGAGAGGAAACUGUCAUCGUGAAUCCGGAUAAUCUGCUGGGAAAACGCAUGGACUUUCAAGUGGAGAUUAGUCUGUGUUUAGGAGUGAAAUGGAUUCGCGAAAGCAGCAACAGAGGAGUUCAAGUAGGGAAAUCAAAUGCUCCUGCAUCUUUGAGCUCUGAAAUCUCUGUAAAGUAUAUCCACCAAUCUCUCCUUCUUCCACCACAUGUUACAUUUACGAAGAGCCCUGAUUUAUAAUGUACAGUC